AUGCUGGCAGUUUUUGAUCAAUGGCUGUACAACUUCAACUACGUUUCUGAUGACAAAAGUUCUUUUCUCUCCCAAGGCUUUGUAGUAAAAGUGAAAAUGUCAGCGAAAAAAAAAUCUCUUUUCUGCUACUCACAACCUUCUGCUGGCUACCUAAACAAGAACAAUACCGAUCUGGUUACGCUGAGCGGUGGGAUCAUCACGUCUGGUUACGGGAAUCACGUAGGCCUCCUCCGGGGAAGGGAAAUAUGCAUUUAUUCUCCGUGGCCAGUCAUCAAUAGAAGCACGCAGCACUUCUUGAGGAAGAAGCAACUGCUCACUCGGACCAGAGAUUGUUUGAGGCUUUCUCAGUUAGGGUGUGCUCUGUGGCAUGCCAUCCUUUCCACCGCUACUGAGUUGACCUGGCCAUGUGAGCUGGAGGCGAAUCCUGCUGGAAAAUCCAAUGACUUCCAGCAAACAGUAUCAUUUAGAGGCUAG